ACCUUAUGAAUCAUCAGGAAUUGACAUGAGUUCAGAGUCUCUCAUGAGCUCAUGCAUGAACAACACAUCAACUUAAGCAAAGUUUAAGGUCGAUACAUCAUUCUGAUUUGAUUUAUUAAGCAUGAUCAUCAUGAUUACAUGCAUUUAAGGUUGAUCACGAGAUGCCAGAUGACGAAAGAUGGCAGCUUUUUUGUAGGCGAACUUCAGAGGUCUAUAGCCACAGAUAUUUUCUAAGUGUUAUUAGCGAUAUUGGUUCAAGAAGUUCAUUUUUGUGAAGAUAAACAUGGUUUCGUGUCUUAUUCAUAACACCAGAUCAACAGAUCGUGUGUGGAGCAGCGGAGGCUCGUUUAUGUGUAUGGGGUGGCGAUAUUGUUAGACACAAUAACAGUUGUCUCUGUGAUGGAUCCAAAUAAGCCAAGUAGGCCUAGCCAUAAGCAAUACGUCACAGCUGUUUUUUUCAUGUAUUUUAUUUAAAACGAAAAAGGAUCUUGAAUGGCAGCCUGUUGUUUUUUGUGUUGUUCUGACUAUAGAAAACUUUGAAUGGGAUCAUCUUUGGUCCGUUGGAAACAUGGAUCUCGGACUUUCAUAUAGUUUUGGCUGUAACGUUACUGACGCGCGUCAGCUUGACCAACUGAUGAUGGUGAAAGAAGAAGAUAUAAAAGAGGAGGAGUAUGGUCAUAUGAUAUCAUGUCCAGAUGAAGAUGAAAAGCCCUUUGCAGAGCUUCACUGUAAAACUGAAACGGACGUCACAGAGUCCAACGUUACUGACAAUGAAACACACCAGAACCGCGGAGAUUGAAGUGAAGAUUGAAGAUGAUGAACAAGAACACGAUUAUCUGCUGGGAAGUGUGUCUGAACACCCACAUGUAACGCAACAGGAGAUCCAGGGACAGAACGAUGAACUCAACCUGCAACUCAAAGGAAGGCUGCACCACUGCACGGUCUGCAGGAAGAGUUUCACGGUCCUGAGAGAACUCAAGAAACACCAGCAAACACACUCUGUUAGUGUGAAUGAAAAUCAGAACACUGGUAGCAAAAGGCGACAUGAAUGUGCCCAGUGUGGGAAAAUAUUCUUAAAAGUUUCAACUCUUAAAACCCAUAUUUUAACUCACACGGGAGAGAAGCCUCAUAAAUGCAUCCAGUGUGGAAAAUCGUAUUCACGCGUUUGGUGUCUUAAAACCCACAUGCUAAUACACACUGGUGACAAGCCUUAUACAUGUGACCAAUGUGGAAAAGCUUUUACAACAUCCACACAUCUUAAACACCACAUGCUCACACACUCUGGAGAAAAGCCUCAUAAAUGUGACCAAUGUGGAAGAACAUUUUCACACCGAUCAAAUCUUAAUAUCCAUAUGAUGACGCACAGUGGAGAGAAGCUUCAUAUAUGUGCUCACUGUGGAAAAGCAUUUUCACAAAUUGCACAUCUUAAAACCCACAUACUAAUACACACUGGAGAGAAGCCCUAUAAAUAUGCCCAUUGUGGAAAAGCUUUUACAACAUCCACACAGCUUAAACUGCACAUUCUCACACACUCUGGAGAAAAGCCUCAUAAAUGUGACCAAUGUGGAAGAACUUUUUCACACCGUUCAAAUCUUAAUGCCCAUAUGACGAUGCACACUGGAGAGAAGCCUCACAUAUGUGUCCAGUGUGGAAAAGGUUUUGCAAGAAUUUCAAAUCUUAAAAGCCAUUUUUUAACUCAUACCGGAGAGAAACGUCAUAAGUGUAACCAAUGUGGGAAAGCUUUUUCACAAAAUUCAGCUCUUAAAAAACAUAGUUUAACUCAUACCGGAGAGAAACCUCAUAUAUGUAUCUAGUGUGGAAAAGCUUUUGCACGAAUUCCGUAUCUUACUUGUACACACUGGAGUGAAGCCUUAUAA